CAAGUUUUCACGGGCGCGUGCGGGAGUGGGGGACGCCGUAAAUUAAACACUAAAUAAUAAACUAAUAAAUACAAAUACAAACACAAGUGAAGUGCGUUUCAGUCAAACGCAACACACCGCAGCGGCUCUCUGUGGAGGACUCCCCAAACACCCAAAACUGAUGAUACUUAACUGGAAACCCAGGAUAAAAACACAACAUUUGCAUCGAUGCUGUGAAGAAACUGGAUCUCAAAGAGCUGCUGCCUAGCUUACAUCAGCGCUGAUUCAGGCAACUGGUCUGUUUUGAGGGACUUCAGAAUUUUUUUUUAAAGAUCAAUUGGUCUCUGACAAUCACUUUUAAGCAAUUUUUGAGCAACGAUCCAAAAAAAUCAGAGGCCCUUGCUUUUAAAUGAACAUUGAAGGCUAAGACUAAAAGACUUUCACCUUAAUAUUUGAAAGCGAAGUUUGGAUGGCUGUAGGUGCCUGCAUCACUGAAGGAACCUCUAAUACAUAAUCAAAUUCAUCAUGCGCCUGGAGGUGAAAGUUGCGCUGAACUUUAUUGUGUCCUAUUUGUACAACAAGCUCCCACGGCGGAGGGCGGAUCUGUUUGGCGAGGAGUUGGAGCGAAUCCUAGUGUCCCGGUUUGAUGGUCACUGGUACCCAGAGGCUCCUCUACGUGGCUCUGCCUUCCGCUGUCUCUAUCUCGGGGCUCCCAGGGAUCCUGUGGUGGAGCUGGCAGCCAGGAGAAGUGGUCUGGACACUGAGGAGGUUCAUGCCAAUGUUCCCCCUGAGCUCAGCAUUUGGAUAGACCCUUAUGAGGUGUCCUACAGGAUUGGGGAGAAGGGUACGGUGAAAGUCCUCUACAUGGAAGAUCCACCAGGUUUAGGAGGUGACGCUGAAAGAUCUGAUGUUGUGGUCAAAGGAGACAUAGAGUUUGAAGAAGUCAAGAGUCUGGGCUUUAACCCAGAAGCUCAGGUGUUUGUACCCAUCGGUGGCCAGGUGUCACCAGUUAUGCUUUCCAGUUCGCCAAGUCCAAUUUCUACCUCAUCUUGUCCAGGAAUGUUCGGUUACGGCACUCCCAGCACUCCCACCAACACCAGCGCUCAUUCCUCCAACACCUCCACCCCCUCGCCACCCAGCUUGGUUUAUCCUCCAUCAAACUCUAGACCCACACCACAGCCAAUCACCUUCACCACAGCCAGCUUCGCUGCCACCAAAUUUGGCUCCACAAAGAUGAAGAAGUGUGGAAACCCGGGAGUUUCCUCUGGUUCUGGCGUUGUCGUAGCUCCCCAGCAGAGGAUGAUCACAUGCUCCCCCACCACCAUCUCACCUCCAGGGCUGGUCAAGCAAAAACCCCUGUCCCUGUCCAUGCACUGUCUGACUGGACACAUCCCAAGCCAGCUGUCCCCUACUGCCAAAGAGUUUGUGUUUCCCACAUCCCAGAGGCUCCUCUACUUUGAUGCUGAAGUUCCACCAAUGAAUCCAUUCCCAGCUCCACACUCUUCCUUCGAUCCAUUCUCCAGUCCACCUCCAGGUCAGGCUGUCGGGAUCAUUGGAAGCAACAGUGGAAUUACCUUUAUGGAUAAACCACCAUUUGUAGAAGGACUGGGAUACAAUCUGCAGUAUUCCGGACAGCCUUUCCAACCUGUGGUGUUGGCAAACUAAAGACUCAAAUUUGCGGAGACCCACCAAUGAUCGAAAUUCCUCCAAUGACCCUGUUCCAAAGCCAAUUCAAUCCAUUAUCCAGUCCACCUCCAGGCAAGGUCAUCGAGAUCUUUGGGAGCAAUAGUGGAAUUUCCUUCAUGGGUAAACAAUUUCCAACAAGUGGUGUUGGCCAACUAAAGUCACAAAGUUGCAGAGACUUCAAUAACCCUACUAAAUAAACUUUUAUUCUCCAGUUAACCUCCAAGCCAGGAAGUUGGUAUCAUUGAGAGAAGUAGAAUUUUUCUACUUUGAUAAACCAACCAUUUGUGGAAGGACAGGGAUACAACCUGCAGUAUUCCGGCCAGGUGUUCCAACCAAACUCAAGUCUUGCA